AUGGUUACCUAUGCUCGAAAGAAUUCAAAAGGAACGAAGCCUGGGGGUAGAAAAUCCAAAAGCAGCGAAGAAACUGAUGGAAGACCUCCGAUUCCUUUGAAGUUACUGCGAAUAAAAAAGAAGCUCGAAUCUAACGAUGAUGACUCUGACUCCCAGGAAAGCAAACAAACCUCCGAUCGUAAGAAGAAAAUUUCUAGAAGUCAUAAUUCCAACGAAAAAGAUAAGUCCGAUGAACUGAGGAUUCGUAAAAGCAAUUCCGACGAAAGUUCGCGCGAGGAAAAUUCGCGCGAAAAUAAAAACCGUGGCAGGAAGAAUCGUGACAAGAAUGAUUCUUCUCAGUCGAAUUUGACGGAGGAUUCUUCCGACGUGAGUUCUGCGGAUAAAUCAAGAAACAGCCACUCAAAUAAACACAAUUCGAGAAAUAAACUCUGGAAACGCGAGUCAAAAGAAUCCGACUCGGAUUCUAACGACGAUACGGACUCUGAUGAAGAAGAAUUUAAGAAGUACUUACAGAACGCUUUGAAAAAGAAACACAACAGGCAGAUACAGGAAAUGCUCAGGAACGGUGAUAUCGAUGGACGCAAUAAUUCGUCAAGGAAGGAGAUUUAUUAUAACAAACUGUACAAAUGGAACAGAGACAGUUACUUAGAGUGGAAGAAAAAGAUCGAUUUGAAGGCUCAGAUAUUAUCUGCGAAGCAUAAUUUGAAUAGAGAAAAAUUAAUGAGCAUUUGCAACAUACCUGGAGUGUCUGAGGAUGACGAGCAAGAAGAUCAGAUAAGGAAGUGCGUAAAGAGUCACGUGGCUACGAAUGAUAAAUUUAAUAUCACGACAGAUUUAUCAGUAAUUCAUUCACCAUUAUCUGGUGGGAAGAACGUAAGCAAGUGGGUGGAAAAUGGAAAUGAUUCAAAAAUAUUUAAAAUUAGGAUAGAUAAGCCACAACCAAAUGGCAAUGUUCAGCGAAUUAAUAUAUUAAAAGAAGUUCCAACGGGAGUAGGUCAGUCGUCGAAUAAGAGUGUACAUAAAACAAUCAACAAGGUGAACAGCAGUGUUGGAAUUCCUGUAAGCGACAACCUCGUACCAGCAAUAAAUAAAGCAUCUAGUUCGACGCCUGAACAAGUUGAUAAUUCAAAAGGAUCUGAAAGUACAGUUGAUAAGGGGACUUCUGAUAAUAAGGACAAUGACUCUACUGACGUACAAAUUACUGAGAAAGGGAAUAAUCCUUCAUCAAAUAAAGAAAAGUCUUCUGACGAUGGCAAAAAACAAAUAGAGUCGAAUCUAGAAGUAGAAGUUGAAGGACAACAAAAAUCUAUAAUUCCUGUUGAACAAGACGUCAAUACUGAAAUUACGAAUCAAGAAGGUAAUAAGCAAAGUACAUCCGAGUCUCAAUCUGGAAUACUUCCGACAGAAAAUGGGAUUACAAGCUCGAAAUUGCCAACCGGAAAUAGCGAGACUAAUGUGUCAAAUAACACGGGAAUUUCAAACGGGGUAAACAGUGUUUUAGAUAUCGAGCAAACAGAUAGCAAUAAAACAUUUACAUCAUCAGUGAAUUCUACAAAUGAAGUCUCUAAUACGGUACAAGAACAGAAAGACACUAAACCGGAAGUAAUUGUGGUUCCCGAAACUCCGGAAGUGAUUCUAGAAGCGGAUCAAGCUACUGAGGCGUCAAUUUCGAAAACAGGAACUAUCGAUGACAAUGUGAAUGUAAAUGGCAUAAAUAUUUCAGCCAACACGAGCAACGUUCUUAAAGAGAAUGAGUCAAAUGUACAGCAGAAUUCAAGUGUUAUUGAUACUACAUCAAGAAAUCAAGCAGCAUCUUCUUCAAAAAUUGAAGGCUCAAAUGUGACAAAAGUGGAAGAAACUGAAAAAAUUCCAGCCGCAACCCGCGUUGACGAUAACAAACCGAAUACUACAGUUGAAAUAAAUAAUACUGAAAGCGAUAGCAAGAAAUCAAAUGGCAAUGUGAAUGAACAAACAAGUAUUAGUGCGUCUACAACAUUAAGUAGUGCAACAUCGGUUCCCGAAACUAGAGAUUCUAGUACGAUAAAAACAGACCAAAUUGAAACAACAAGUUCCAGAUCGGAAUCAACAUUUGACGUUAGCAUUCCAUCAUCAGAUAACGGGGAAAUCACAAAUGACGUACUUGGUGCUGUAGUUAACGAGAAGUCAACUACUAAUACUUUAAAUGUACAGCCGGAUUCGAGUACCAUUAAAGCUAGCACAUUAAAAAGUAAAGAAGCAACCCCUCUUUCUGAAAAUGGAAGUUCCAUUAUUGUAGAAGAAUCAAAAGGGUUGGAAACAAUUCUUGCUAAUAACAGCAGUAAUGCAUCAAAUAAUUUGACAAUCGUAGUUGAAUCCAAUAAUAUUUUGAAUAACAACGAGUCGACUAAUAUUAUUAAUGAUGAAACUAGUUUAAAUGAUUCUCGAGACUCUCAAACUACAUUAUUCAGUACACAGCCUGAUAUUACUGUAACACCAGAUCGGCAAAUCAUCGAUGCGUCAAGCUCUCAAAAUAGUACGCUUGUCAAUAACAAUGUCGAUGCUUCGAAUAAUUCCUCACUCUUAAUUAAAUUGAACAAUAGUCUAGACUCAAUUUCGAAUAUUCAAGUAGAUACAGGUGUUGGAGUAUCCACGACUUUGGAAAGUAAUGACAAGACAUCUGUGCAUGAAACUGCAAGUCACGUAAUAGAAGAGGACCAAGUAUUCGAAUCGUCAAGCUUACAGCCGGAAGUAAUUCUUUCUGACGAUGCAAAUCUGUUAAAUAAUCACGCAAUUAAAACUGAAUUGAAUAACACUUCAGACAACGACAAUGUCUCAAUUGUGACAGGAAAAGAUGAUAAUGAGUCUACAACGUCUGGAAAUGUAGAACCGUCCACUUCUCAAACUGAGAGUUCUAUUUUGACAGAGAUAAUAGAACCAGAUUUACAAUUAGAGAUAAUCCAAGCUGAUAGUACAAACGUAUCGAACAAUGCUGUAAUAAAAAUUGAAAGCAAUGAUACUUCAGAUAUACAUCAGUUAAAUAACAACUCGAGUGAAGCAGAUAUGGGUGUUAGCAAAUCUACAUCUUUAAGAGAAACAUUAGCUACGUCUCCAAAUGAUGAUUCAACAUUGACAACUACUAUAGUUAUUGUUGAUAAAGAUAUGAACGUAUCAGAUAAUCAAAGUGUACUCGCAAAUAAUACUAUAGAUGAUACCGACAGACUAUCUAGGAAUGUUAGUGAACCAUCGGAUGUAAAUGCUAAUCAGUCCACGGUAUUGAAUAGCGUACAAUCUGAAAAAUUCACUACCGUCGUCAUUUCAAUUGCAAAUAGUGCAGCUGGAACUGUAGACUCGCAAACAAGCGAUUCGGAAUUAAAUACACCAUCGGUGACUGUCAAUCUAUUAACUGUAAAUGAGGACGAUUUAAUAUAUAAUACAGUCGUUUCAGAAACGGUUUCAUCAGUCUCACCCACUGAAAAUCCAAGCUCAGAAUCUCCGGUUUUAAAUUGAUUUCAAGCAACA